GCACUAUUCUGCUAAUGAAGAAAUAUGACACCUCCCAGGAAGGACUGCCCACAUCAGGUGUCAGUGGUGUUGGAUGGCUUCUGAUAACAGUUGUGACUCUUCCAUUCCAUUAGUCACCAUCUUUUGGAUGAGGGUUUUUCCUUGUUACAUGUCCGAAGACCAGGCUGGGAAGAGACCAGGCAGCUGGGACUCUACAGGAAAGACUAUGCCACCUUUCCAAACGAUUCCAUACCAAGACUUGCUCUUCUGAGCUCAUUUAGGAUCAAAAAAUGCUGACGGUUGGAAACAUCCCAGGACACUACUUCUGUCGACUCUACAUCACUGGACUAUUUCUACCACUUCACUAAAGAUGGUUAGAAAUGAUGCCAAAUACAAGCAUGAGAGGGAGUUCUAAAUAUGAGAAGCAAAGAUACAUGGCAGGCAGAGAAGAAAAUUUCCUUCAGCUAUUCUGUAAGAUGAAUCAAUGUGCAACAGCAGCAUCAGGACAAAUCACUUUGUGCUUGUGACUUGCUAACAACUGGAACAGCUGCAACCACCCCACACAGUCAUCUUCCUGAAGUUAAUCCUUUGGAUAAUUCAUUCAUGAUUCCCAUGAACAAUGCAGGGAAAUAAGAAACAUACAGAGGGACAUAGUGACUCCUCAAGUAUUGGGAGUCUCCUGGAUGAAACAGACAGAGAAGUGAGCAGCCUCACAGACCGGGCUUUCAAAAGUUUGUGUGUGGCAGAACUCGAAGACUCUUACAGUGAGUCAGAUCUUGCCAUUUCACCUGACUUCGCCCUCCAGUUCUCUGCUAAACUUCACCCAGGGACCUUAAACCAUGCCAUCAAGAAGAGCAAUGUCUGUAACAAGCUAACAGCAAGAAACAAUGAACAUACAAUAUGGGCUUCAACAUUCCAGCAGUUACCAAAGUGUGCUCCGGAGGAGGAAAAGGUUGCUAAAAAUAACACCUUUGCCACAGAAAGGAAAAAAGUGAAUUUGCCAGUUCCUGGUCCAAGGAACAAUAAACAUGCUUCAAAAGUGUCCUCUUUGAUUAAGACAUUUGAUAAGACUGCAGACCAAGGGUCAGGGGGUUCCCUGAUAGCUGUUAAGCAGCCCAUUAAGAAUAGCUUUCAAAAAUGUAAAUUAAAUCAUGGAAAUGAUAUGGCUUGUUGGGAUGACACAGAUGUAUUAAGCAACCACAAGGAACUUUCUGAAUAUUCUGAGACUAGCCAAGGUAGCCACUGUCUCAGCAAACAUGAGCCACAGAAAAGACCUAAUAAAAUAGACCUGAGUUAUUGUGGCUCUGAUGAUUAUUAUCCUGUGCUGAUUGAGAUAUCAAAAGUAGCCAAGUCGAAUUUUUCCCGUUCUUCUAAAAAGGCUUUAAAAAACAGAAGUGUGAAAGUUAAUGAGCCAGCAAAAAAAGGUAAUUUUCUUCACAGUGAGAAUAGCGCUUUUGAAUCAUGGAACGUUCAUCAUAAAAAACUGGCUGAAAAGGAGGAAUUUGUUGAUAUAAAAAUGAAAAAGGAAGGUCUUACAUACCUGGAAGAAGCACCAUUUAUUAAAGGAUCCUACACACAGGAACAUAAAUUGCCACCUGUCAAGACCACCGUUGCUAAGAAACAGGAGAAGGAUUUUCAGAUGAAGCUAACACCAGAAGCUGCUUUCAGCAUCCCUCUCCCAGCUGCAUAUGAACCUCAGGACGCCCUUCCUUCAGAAACUGAAUUUCCUGCUGCUCUUCCUCCUACACCCCCCCCUAGAAUCCAUGUGCACCGGGGUCACCCUCGGCCACCCCCUGUCCCACACCUUCCACCUCCAAACCAGCAGGGCCAUCCCCCAAAACCCCCUACUCCUGAAGCCCCUCCUGUGCCACCACCGCCAGUGCCAGCUCCACUUUCACCCCCUGCCAUAUCCCCAGCCCCCGUCUCGCCCCAGUCCAUGUCCCACAGGAUGGUUUCACCUAUGUCCCAAGCACCCAGCCCACCUCCACCAAGACCCCUGGCCACCUUAACUGAAGGGGAGCCCCUUAGUCCCCAGUUGGGCAAUACCUGUCUGCCCUGGAGGAGGCAGAGGGCUGCAAAAGGGGCAGCAGAGAGGAGACAGACUUCAAAGGAGAAGUUCACAGCCAGCGAUGAGACAUGCUCAUUGUCUGAAAAGGUGACUGGUGUCAAACCUGCUCUGGAGGUGACUCCUCUGGCUAAACAGGUAAACUCCCCUCGAUCAAUCAGUCCCCCUUUCAACAUCACCGAACUCUUAACACCCAUCAUACCACCAAAACAGGAGGUGGACACUGUUGAAAGUGAGCUGAUCCCACUGACACCUCCUCCCACUGAGAGCACGGCACUGAGAGACCAUGAGGGGAACACAUUUGACAAUUACAGGUCUCGGGAUAGUUACAAAUCAAAAGCAUCGAGUCUGUUAUUCAACUUGAAGGAUGUGCGUAAACGUGUUAAAAGCAUUUAUACCCCUUCUCCUCUGUUAAGGGCCUUGGAGGAGAAAAAUAAAAUGAGGGAAAAUAUCCAGGAGACUACAAAAAUGAAUGCCUCACUCUCCACUUCACAAGAAAAAAGUAACAAGAAUAUUGCAGACAAAGAUGAAUUGAGUGAUAUAACCUCCAUAUUGUCGGGCAGUAUUCACGAAAAGGACAAUAAAACUGAUUUAACUGGACACUUUGCAGACAAUUACCUGACUAUGAGCUCACCCCAGACAACAGGGGACCUUUUAUUUUACCAAACUGGAGACAACUUGCAGCAAGACAACUCAACACGUGAAGAUCUGGUUAAAAACACAAGGGAGAAUGAAAACUUCCCCUUGUUCAGACAUGAAUCAAAUGAACCUGAUUUAAGAAAACAUCUGCACUAUCCAGCACUGAAACCAUUCAGUAGAGAUAAUGCAGACAUGACAGCUGGGCAAAAUCCCAGUGUCCAGAAUGAGGAAAAUGAGAGACAGGCUGCUAUUCGGAAUAAAAUUCUUGCCUUCAAAACACUCCCAAAUCAACUCUCACCAGCAGAGGAUGUGCCUUACAGUGACCCCCAAACCAAUAUGGUGGUACCUGACCGUGAAGCACAAGGCAGAAGAAGCACUAGUUCUUCAGAGCAGUCUUUUGUCUCCACGGUAGAGCAGCCACUUCAGGAUGAGUCAUUUCCACCAGUGCCCCUGAUGCAAAAGGCAUGCCUUCAAGAAAGCCAGAGGACUGACAGUGAAAUGGGUACAGACAGUAAGAAUAGCCACAACGAGAAAGGGGAAGAGGUUGGGGAAGGUGAACUGCAAUAUUAUGCUUGUAUCAGCUCUGGUACUGGUGCAGCAGAGAAGGGGGAGGGGAAGGUUACUGGGAAUGAACAGAGGAGCUUGAUGAAAGAGAAACUAAGGAGAGAGAAAAGCAAGGAGGCCAACAGCAUGAAUUCUGCUGCCAGCAGUGUAAGGGACAUGUCCGUCCGCAAGCCUGAAGAACCACAAACACCACCAUCUUCAAGUGCAACCAAACCCAGUCUGUUUAUGAUUAAAGAUAACACAUUCAGGUCACCUCAGGUAAUAAGGGCUGUCAAACUGCCUCUGUUCAGGUCCUUUUCCCUGGAUGAUACAGUGAGCAGCAGUUAUAAGGAAAUGGAAGGUAGGUUUAUGCCUCCAGCAUGGCACAACAAGCAGCACCAAAAGAUGUUGCAUGCUCAGGAGGCAGGCUGGUCAGUAUCGAGGCGCAGAGGGAAGCAGAAUGUGAGGGAUGGAGCAAUCGACAGAGGAAAAGAAGCCAGUGAGCCUGGAUCUACUUCAGCAACACUGGAUCCCAGUCAUCUGGAAGAUACAGAGAACUUUUCAUUAGGGAAGCUAAUGGAAAAAGAUAAAGAAACUUGUGCUUUGUUAAAUGAAGUUGGGGAAAUGAGUGAGGAAAGUGUCUGCAGAAGGAAAGAGAGGACCCAGCCUAGGAAGGCAAGACACAGCUUAACACAGCCAAAUUUAGGUCUGGAAAAUGACCAAGCACAAAACAACCCCAGCUAUCCCACAGAAAGAAAGACAAAUUACUUUAAGAAUCAUCAUCUAUCUAAUCGCAGGGGUGGCUCUUGUGCAAAAAAAAUAAUCACUAGGGAGACAAUUUCCCCCGUGACUGACUCCAUAUCAGAGGACCACACUUAUUCUCCUGUAUCCCAUGAAGCUUUGGAGGACAUCCUACACACAGAAGGUGCACCAGUUUUGUUAGACAGUCUUGCAUGCUCUGCUGUUGCAAGCCCCAGGUCAGGCAGCACGAUGCACUCUCUUACUGCCAGUUCAUCGUCAGACAAACCAACAAUUUCUGGCCUUAGAGAGACAGAGGGUGUUAUAAACCCUGCCUUGCUGAACAUGGCACUAAAAAGCCAAGCUGAUAUGGCUGCAGAAGAGAUACUUGGUUCAGCACAGAGAAAUCUGCUUUCUGAUUCUCCAGGGGAAGCUGAGAGACUGGAGCCCAGGGAACCUAGGGAGAGAGCAGCAGGCAAGCCUCCUGCCGUGCCACCAAAAACAGAAAAAGCUCUGCGACGGGCCAAAAAGCUGGCAAACAGGAGAAAGAAAAUGCAAGAGCAGCAGAAAAAACAUCAGACUGAGCAUACAGAUGGUGUAGAGAGAAAGUCUUCUCAUUCUGGACAGACUCUCUCAUCCUUGGGAUAUUCUCCUCUCCACCCUACCCCUCACUCAACUUUUACUCCCACAGAAACCAGUACAGGAAGACCCAGUCAUGCAUCAGCAGUAAGCCCUUCACCCUCUUUAACCCAGCGUAAACUCCUCCAAGACCCUGAUUCUGGUCAAUACUAUGUAGUUGAUUUACCAGCUGAAGUUAAUAUAAAGACAUUUUAUGACCCCGAAACUGGCAAAUAUGUUCAAGUGUCAGUCCCUUCCUCAGAAGGGAACUUAGACCAACCCUCCUCUUCAGAAAUUAUGAAUUCCCCCUAUGUCUCCUACCCUAGAGUGCUGCCUUUACCAGCUUCAUCUGUAGCAGUGCUGAAGUCACCUUCUCAGCUCUCUGAACCUACCUGGUUAAUGUCAGCUGUACCAGGAGAAUCAACUGAACUACCUGAAGAUGGCCAGCAGGACUGCAGAUACUCUGAAGCUGUGGAUACUCAGCCCUAUAUCGAACCAGCCUCUUACUCCUACAGUCAAGAUAUUCAAGAAACUAAAGUUCACUUAGGAAAGGACAUGAGCCCAACACCAAAUACUGGCAUAGUUUCCAUCACAGAUUUAGAUGAUUUUGCUGCUGAAGGAGUAUCUUGA